GCAGAGGGGGUGACUACAAAAGGGCCUUGAUACAUAUUAUUUCCAACAAAACGAAAUUAUAGUAAUUCAUAUGCUUCUUCUCUUUCUUCCUUUCCUUCUUUGUUUCUCCAUCUUUUCACCAUUGCCAAUUAUCCUUCCCUUUCUUUAUAUCUAAUACUAUUAUUAGUCUAUUUCGUAACAAUAAUUAUUAUCCUUAGAAUUGUCUCUCAUAUCUGAUCCAUUUUCUCUAUUUGCCUAAACCCAAAUACCAUCCAUCUGCAUCCGAUCCACCUUCAUCAUCUAAAACCAAAACUCAUCACUUCCUUCUCCUUUUCUCUGGUUUUCUUCUUCAUUCACUCAUAUGAUAUCCUGAGACCUUCUUCACAUCAAACCAAUCUUCUUUUCAUUUGAAUAUUAUUCCUGUUUGUGUGUAAGUGAAACCAAGGAUCAACCUUUUUUUUUUUGGGAAUUUAGCUUUUGUUAUCAGAAAAUUGAGGAUUUGCUAAAGCUACGGCCUUGCCUGGCAGGAUUCAUACAGGUAUAACGAGCUGCUGCUUCUGCUGAAGGGGAAAGAGAGAACUGUUGAACUAUUGCCAAAUGGAGAAGUAGAUGGGAACUGAUAAUUAUUUGUUGUUUAUCACAGUUUGUGCUGACUGUCACCGUCAACAAGCUUUACUCUCCUUGAUUCAAGUUCAGUAUUUGAGUAAUUCUCAAUGGCUGAAAACCGGAAUAGAAAUGUCAAGCCUGCAAAUGGCAAGCCACCAGUGGCUGCCAACCCAUAUGCCAUCAAUCUGGAUAACUUCAGCAAGCGGUUGAAAAUUUUAUAUUCACAUUGGAAUAAACACAGUACUGAUCUAUGGGGCGCUUCUAAUGCUCUUGCCAUUGCAACCCCUCCUGUUUCAGAGGAUCUGAGGUACUUGAAAUCCUCAGCACUAAACAUUUGGUUGGUUGGCUAUGAAUUCCCAGAGACCAUUAUGGUUUUCUUGAAGAAACAGAUCCAUUUCUUGUGUAGCCAGAAAAAGGCCUCCUUGCUUGAUGUUGUGAAGAAGUCUGCCAGGGAAGCUGUUGAUGUUGAAGUUGUUAUUCAUGUGAAGGCGAAGGGUGAUGAUGGAACCGGUCUAAUGGAUAGCAUUUUUCGAGCUAUCUACUCUCAGACAAACUCUGGUGAUCAUCAUGUACCUGUUGUUGGUCAGAUAUCAAGGGAGACACCUGAGGGAAAGUUCUUGGAGACAUGGGAUGAAAAGUUAAAGAAUGCAAAAUUUGAACUCAGUGAUGUAACAAAUGGGUUCUCUGAUUUGUUUGCUGUCAAAGAUGAAACUGAGCUUACAAACGUGAAAAAGGCUGCAUUCUUGACUUCAUCUGUUAUGAGGCAAUUUGUGGUGCCCAAACUUGAGAAGGUUAUUGAUGAGGAGAGGAAGGUUUCCCACUCUGCACUGAUGGAUGAUACAGAGAAGACUAUAUUGGAACCAGCACGAAUUAAGGUGAAAUUGAAGGCAGAGAACAUUGACAUUUGUUACCCACCUAUUUUCCAGAGUGGUGGAGUGUUUGAUCUAAAACCAAGUGCUUCAAGCAAUGAUGAGAACCUUUACUAUGACUCCACCAGUGUAAUUAUAUGUGCACUUGGGUCUCGAUACAACAGCUACUGUUCAAAUAUUGCUCGAACCUUUCUGAUUGAUGCCAAUGCCACGCAAAGUAAGGCUUAUGAGGUCCUCCUUAAAGCUCAAGAAGCAGCCAUCGGUGCUUUGAAAUCUGGGAACAGAGUGAACUCUGUUUAUCAAGCAGCAAUCUCAGUGGUAGAGAAGGAUGCUCCUGAAUUGGCUGCAAACUUGACCAAAACUGCGGGAACUGGAAUAGGCCUUGAGUUUCGUGAGUCAGGGCUUAGCCUUAAUGCUAAGAAUGAUCGAAUCUUAAAACCAGGGAUGGUUUUCAAUGUGUCACUUGGUUUUCAGAACUUGCAGACGCAGACAAACAACCCCAGGACUCAGAAAUAUUCAGUGUUGCUUGCAGAUACCGUCAUUGUUGGUGACAAGGUACCAGAUAUCUUAACUUCUAAAAGUUCUAAAGCUGUCAAAGAUGUGGCAUACUCAUUCAAUGAAGAUGAUGACGAAGAAGAGAAGUUGAAGGUUAAAGCUGAGGAUAAUGGUCAUGAGACCUUAUUCUCCAAGACAACGCUCAGGUCAGACAACCAUGAAAUGUCUAAAGAAGAGCUACGAAGGCAGCAUCAGGCUGAACUUGCUCGCCAGAAGAACGAAGAAACUGCAAGGAGACUUGCUGGUGGGGGUGCUAUGGCAGCAGAUAAUCGUGGUGCAGUGAAGACUGUUGGUGAUUUGAUUGCAUAUAAAAAUGUUAAUGAUCUGCCUCCUCCUAGGGAUUUGAUGAUUCAGGUUGACCAGAAGAAUGAAGCUAUCCUCUUGCCAAUUUAUGGAAGCAUGGUCCCUUUCCAUGUGGCUACAGUGAAGAGUGUGUCCAGCCAACAGGACAGUAACCGUACUAGCUAUAUCAGGAUAAUAUUUAAUGUACCUGGCACCCCUUUCAGUCCGCAUGAUGCAAAUUCUCUCAAGUUUCAGGGAUCAAUAUACCUGAAAGAGGUUUCAUUCCGCUCCAAGGACUCAAGGCAUAUCAUUGAAGUUGUGCAGCAGAUUAAAACACUCCGUCGGCAAGUUAAUUCUAGAGAGUCUGAAAGGGCUGAGAGGGCAACUUUAGUUACUCAGGAGAGGCUGCAGCUUGCAUCAGCCAAGUUCAAGCCAAUUAAGUUGCAUGAUCUAUGGAUUCGUCCCCCUUUUGGUGGUCGUGGAAGAAAGCUAACAGGUUCACUAGAAGCACACACAAAUGGAUUUAGGUAUUCUACUUCAAGGCCUGAUGAACGUGUUGAUGUAAUGUUUGGAAACAUCAAGCAUGCCUUUUUCCAGCCAGCAGAGCGGGAAAUGAUCACUCUCGUGCACUUUCAUUUACAUAAUCACAUCAUGGUUGGUAAUAAGAAAACCAAGGAUGUGCAAUUUUAUAUUGAGGUGAUGGAUAUAGUUCAGACAUUGGGAGGUGGAAAGAGAUCUGCCUAUGACCCUGAUGAGAUUGAGGAAGAGCAACGUGAACGGGACCGAAAGAAUAAAAUUAACAUGGACUUCCAAAACUUUGUGAAUCGGGUUAAUGAUUUGUGGGGACAGCCCCAAUUUAAAGCACUCGACCUUGAAUUUGAUCAGCCCAUGAGAGAGCUUGGCUUCCAUGGGGUUCCCCAUAAAGCCUCUGCUUUCAUAGUGCCAACAUCAAACUGCCUGGUUGAGCUAAUAGAGACUCCUUUCGUGGUGAUCACCCUAAGUGAGAUUGAGAUAGUUAACCUGGAAAGAGUUGGUCUUGGGCAGAAGAAUUUUGAUAUGACUAUUGUAUUCAAGGACUUCAAGCGGGAUGUCCUUCGGAUUGACUCGAUUCCUUCUACAUCACUAGAUGGCAUCAAAGAGUGGCUUAAUACAACUGACCUCAAGUAUUAUGAGAGCAGACUAAAUUUGAAUUGGCGGCCUAUACUGAAAACUAUUACUGAUGAUCCAGAAAAGUUCAUUGAAGAUGGUGGAUGGGAAUUUUUAAACAUGGAAGUCAGUGAUUCUGAGUCUGAGAACUCACAAGAGUCUGACCAAGGGUAUGAGCCUUCAGAUGUGCAGUCUGACUCAGGAUCAGAUGAUGAGGGUGAUGACAGUGAAUCAUUGGUUGAAUCUGAAGAUGAUGAGGAAGAAGACUCAGAUGAAGACUCAGAGGAAGAUGAAGGGAAGACCUGGGAAGAGUUGGAGAGGGAAGCAAGCUAUGCAGACAGAGAGAAAGGAGAUGAUUCCGACAGUGAGGAAGAAAGGAAGAGGAGAAAGAUGAAGACUUUCGGUAAGGGUCGGGUAAAUGAUAAGAGAAAUCCCAGUGGCAGCCUUCCGAAGAGGCCCAAAUUGAGGUGACAUGCGUUUGAAAACCAUGUUGUAGUUUCAGCAACCUAGUAAAAGAUGGUAGUCGUACUAAAUAAGAAUAGUUGCUUUCAAGCCUUCAGCUGUAGCAUAUGUUUAAUCAAGGUUUUGACUGUUGCUUUCUAUCUCUUUUUAUGUGUGUUAAUCAACUUGUUCUAAACUUUUACCAGCAAAAUCGUAGAGAUUAAAUACUAUGGAGGUUUUAUA